AGGGAGGAGAGUAUUGCGCGCCGAAAAAGGGCAGUGAAGCAUGAUGUUUAUCCAGAAAAUUCAGGGACAAAUCGGUAAUUUCGGGUUUCGCAGUCGUCGGCUGAGCUCUCUGUCAGUGGACUCUCAUCCCCAUCCCGGACUUCUCUUCGGUUCUAGGGCUCGCUCCGAAGCUCUUCCCCUCUUCACAUUAUUCCGGGAAAAUACUGUGCGAAUAUGGACGGAGACAUUACAGUUUCUCUCGACAAGCUUCCCAUCAAACGUUUGGAGGCCAUAGAAGAAAACGGACUCGAGAGAUUCCCAUCAGAUGUAGGGUAUGAAGAGAAACGGUUGUCGCUUAUUCGGAGAAUUGACUUUGCUUGGGCAAUAGAGAAGGACGAUGACAAAAAGAAGCAGAAGAAGAGCUCCAAGGAGAGUUCAACGCCGUGGCCAUGGCAGAACAUGAUAGAAAACUUGCAGUUGGCUCAUCAGGAGCUCUCUGUUAUCAUAGACCUGAUCAACACCGUGGAAGCUAAUGAUGCAGUAACAGUGGCAGGGAUGACAAGGCCAAAACUAUUACCUAAUGAAGCUUUAUCUGAUCUUGGAGUGUCUGUAGCAACGAAACUACAAUGCUUUCGACAUCUUGGUAAAUAUUUCAAGCAGUCAGCUAAAGGUUUGGAACGCCAGGUUUCCAGGGAAGCAAGAUUCUAUGGUGCUCUAAUUCGAUUGCAGCAAAAUUGGAAGGUUAAAAGGCAGCGUGUGGCUGCUGCUCCAGCUCCUGCAAAUGAAGGCUUUACCAUUGAUUUAUUUGACAGUUCAUCAUGUGACCCGUCAUCUGUGUUUCGACCAUCUUCAUCUACGAUUCGUGUUGAACAUGAUUUGUCUGGAAUGCUGACAAUUAAUUUACCUCCAAAUUCAUGCCACUCCCUUCGUUUUGGAUUUCUCAGUGGAUGUAAUGUAGAAAAUUCUUUGGAACUUGGUAAAAACGAGUCCACAAAUUCAACCAACCAGUCUUCAAAUAAAAGUGAGAAGGAGUUUACGAAUGACAAUGCGUACAUUAAGGAAACAAACUCACUUCUCCGUGAAGUUCACCAUGCCAUUUUCAGUGAGCAGGUGUUUGAUUUGGUGAACCGUGAAGCAUUCAAUCCGUCCUUGGGUAUCAACGUGACUGGCAUACGAGAAAAUUACUUGCAAUUAAGUAUAGAUCAGGGUACCUCGGUCUUCAUCUCUCUUGUGCCAUCUAGUCAAAGUUGCCAACUAGUUGAUGGUGCAAAUACCGAGAUUUUGGAUAAUACUAAUUUACCUUUUGAUUCCCUUGAUGGGAUUGAAUUACCAGAUAGAGAUGACCACCUUGAAAAGAAAUUGCGGAAUCCUAAUCAUAUAACCUUUGAGAUAUAUCUGCAACAAAUUUUUCACGCGCUAGUGUUUGUAAAAUCAAAUGAUAGAGCCAUUUCUGCCUUCAGCAGGCAAUCGGCUCAAGUUUCUAAUGAUGGGUCUGGGCUUCUUGGUCAUUUCUGUUUGUCUCUGGCCCACAGAAUAUUUGCAAACAAUGUUCUCAUGGAGCUCGAAAAUGUGGUUUGGAAGGUCCCAUUUCUUCAAUUGAUAUCUCAUCCUACUUGGAAUUCUCGAAAAUCUUCAUGGACGUUUUUCAUGGAAGUUCCCCGGUCCAUACUUCAUCCUACUAGCAUCCAAGCUCGUACAUCAGACAGUCAUCAGAUGAAUAAUGUAACCAAAUCGCUUUUUCAGACUAAAGUGGUUGUAAAUGAUAAUUGCAUUACUAUUGAGGGGGAAGGUGCUCCUAAUGUCGUUAGCUUGUUCAAGCGAAAUUCCAAGGAUAUCUAUUCGAUGAACAGAUAUGGCUGUGACUUGGCUGAUCUUCCCGUGAUAAUUCUGCUGCAGGUUGCAAGCCAAAUUGUUCUUUGGCUUCAUGAAGAAGCUCUAACCUGGGGAAUAAAGGCCAAUCGUGACUUCCUAAGUCUGUCAUUUGAGCUAGAACAGGGCGAAACACUCCGUCUGGUAGCCCAUGUGAACCCAGAGGAUACUCAAGGAUGCCUUUCUUGGUGGUUGGUAAUGGACGAUGGCUUGAUGGAUGACAGGAAACUUAAUUUUGACAUAUCCGAUGUUGUACCUGAAUACCGGAAGUUUUUGGGCCAUUUAUCUCUGGAAGUUUUGCAUUUAACACUAAUGGAUUUGGUUAGUUUGUGUAGUGGAUUUGGUAGUAGCCUAUAACCACCAAAUUGCAUUGAAUUCUUGUAAUUUCAGCCUCUAGAUGUUCAAAUCCUAAUGAAAUCUUCAAUUUGUGCCCCCA